AUGAACGUGAUCUACCCUCUUGCGGUGCCCAAGGGGCGCCGGCUCUGCUGUGAGGUGUGCGAAGCUCCGGCCGAGCGGGUCUGCGGGGCCUGCACAGUCACUUAUUACUGUGGUGUGGUUCAUCAAAGAGCUGAUUGGGGCAGCAUCCAUGAGAAGAUAUGUCAGCUCCUGAUUCCCCUGCGCACUUCCAUGCCCUUCUACAACUCAGAGGAAGAACGGCAGCAUGGCCUGCAGCAGCUGCAGCAGCGGCAGAAGCAUUUGAUCGAAUUUUGCUACACCGUAGCCCAGAAAUAUAUCUUUGAAGGAAAACAUGAAGAUGCUAUCCCAGCAGCUUUGCACUCUCUUCGCUUCCGCAUGAGUGUUCAUGGCCUGAGUUCAGUAGAACUGGUACCUGCUUACCUGCUGUUGGCCGAGGCCAGCCUUGGUCUGGGCCGGAUCGUCCAGGCUGAGGAGUAUCUAUCCCAAGCGCAGUGGACAGUCCUGAAAUCAACUGAAUGUUGUUAUGCCACCCACUCCUUACUGCAUCGGAACCUGGGACUUCUCUACAUUGCUAAGGAAAACUAUGAGGAAGCCCGUUAUCAUCUGGCCAAUGAUAUUUAUUUUGCCAGUUGUGCAUUUGGAACAGAGCACAUCAGGACCUCAGGAGGCUACUUCUACCUGGCUAAUAUCUUCUAUGGCCUUAAAAAGUUGGACCUGGCAGACACAUUGUACACCAAGGUCUCUGAGAUCUGGAAUAAAUAUUUGAACAAUCACUAUCAAGUCCUCUCACAGGCUCGCACCCAACAAGUAGAUCUACUAGGCAAACAAUUUGAGACCGACACUGGCUUGGAUGAAGCCCAGGAAGCAGAAGCCAUUCAGAUCCUGACUUCAAUCUUGAACAUUCGAGAAUCUACAUCUGACAAAGCCCCCCAGAAAACAAUCUUUGUUCUAAAAAUCCUGUUCAUGCUUUACUACCUGAUGAUGAAUUCUUCAAAGGCAAAGGAAUAUGCCAUGAGAGCCCUGGAUCUAGCCAAAGAACAGCAGCUCAGUGUCCAUGAACAAAACACCAUUCAAGAUUUACUAAAUCUCACCUCAGCUGAGGACGCUCAUCCCAUUACUUGGUGA